UCUUAAAUGUGUUCUUCAAUUUUGAGCUUCAACCACCAUAACCACACCCAAUCAGAAAACGAUGAUCCCUUUAAAGUUCUCUGGCCGACCUAAUAUGUUUCCUCAAUCAUCACCAUCUCACUCGCUAUAACUGUUGUUCUUAUAACCAACAACGAAGUAGCGUCAACUCCAUCUUCACCGCCGCCUUGAGCUGUGCCGACUCCGUCAUCUUCUUCUCGCAUGUGCCGACUCCGUCAUUACUGUCUCACCUUGCUUUCCUUUUAGAACACGCUCCACAAUUUCCCUCUUAACACCUCCAAGUUGUUUCCUUGUCAGAUCUAUGUACACUCAAUAAUAAUACCCAAGCUUCCCACGCCAAUAAUACUAGUACAUCUCUCCAAUCGAUCUGUUUACAUAAACUUAAAUUGGACUAUGUUUUUGUGCUUUCAUCUUCAUUGUUUAAUUUUAUGGCGUUUUCUUUUCUUGAGGGUUUGACAAGUCACAGUGACAUAGCAAAAUCAGGGGCGACUUCUGAUUUAGGAUCCGACUUCAUGGUUGGCGGUCGAUGAUAACUUCUAAGGUGCAAAUUGGCGAGGGGUUUUAGCGUUCAGAGCGGUGGUGUUUUCUGAAAUUCUACCACCGGUGAACUCAAACACCAUACCGUUACUAUAUGAGGCUUCUUUUGUGGUCAAAUCUUCGAAUUCAACAACAUCGGCCAAAUCGACCACAUUUGAAGCUCGUCGGAGGAAGAUGAUGUUGCCGGCAGAAGAUGACCUCACCGAUUAUUCUGCACAGACGAAAGAAGAAGAGAGAAAGAAGGAAAGGUUUUCACGGUGGUGGAAGUGGAAUUUCAAACGUCUUCAUGGUGGGGCUCCUCCGGUCGCUCCAAGUAACUUACGAGGGCUGUUCUCUGCUUUGGUGCUUCCUCAAUCAUCGUCUCUCAGUGAUUCUGAAUCUAUAACCCUCAAAAGUGAACUUCAGAAGCAACACCAGAAGACAAAAUUGAUCAAAAAAAACUCUUACGCAGAGAUAAACCAAAAUGAACCUUGAUCAACACAAGAUACAACAAUAAGUCCAACUAACCCAUUGAAGGAUACCGUUCUGAUGUGUCUUCUUCUAAAAUCACAAGGUGUGAACUGUUUGUCUUGGUAAUACUUCAACUUGUAGUGAAUUGUACUCUUUCAAAAAAAAAAAAAAAAAAAAAAAAAAAAAAAAAAAAAAAAAAAAAAAACUUGUAGUGAAUUGUAAGUAAACUUUAGAAUUAAUAUGUUGGUAAGAUAUAUCAUUUGUUUCAUAUAUGUAGGGGUUCUUUUUCAGCUCCUCGUUUGAUUAAACAUUCAAAUACAAAGUAGGGUCCCUCUAAGCAUGCAUUUUCAUACAACAUUCCUAGUGAUAAAACCAAAAAAUGUUGAAUGACAGUUGGCCAAAGUACCACUGUAGGCUGACUGACCAUUUGAUUACAAAUGGAAAAUAUAUAUGUUUACUAUUGAAUGGGGAAUGGCUCGUAAAACUUGCAAUCAGGUUGUGGUUAUGUUGAAGAAAUAUGGGUGAAGUUAAGUAAGCUAAAUAGAUAUUACAAACUUUUGUCUUACCUCAAGAACUUACAUUCUGACUCUAGAUACAAAUUGAAAAUUUAUGGAAAUGAAAAUAGAGUCCCUC